GGCACACAAUUGGAGGAACACUUCAAGAAUUUUGCCACUGGCACAAAAUGGAAACCCCUUACUGAAGAGGGCCCUAUCUUUGGGAAAGGGCAGAGCCUAGGAUAUGGAUUUGUUAAUUACAUUGAUCCAAAGGAUGCAGAAAAAGCCAUUAACACUUUAAAUGGACUCAGACUACAAACCAAAACCAUCAAGGUUUCCUAUGCCCGUCCCAGUUCCGCAUCAAUCCGUGAUGCUAACUUGUAUGUUAGCGGCCUUCCAAAAACAAUGACGCAGAAAGAGCUGGAACAGUUAUUUUCACAGUAUGGACGUAUCAUCACCUCAAGAAUUUUAGUUGAUCAAGUUACAGGUGUGUCUCGGGGAGUCGGAUUUAUCCGCUUUGACAAGAGAAUAGAGGCAGAGGAAGCCAUAAAGGGCCUGAACGGACAAAAGCCAAGUGGAGCAAGUGAACCAAUAACUGUGAAAUUUGCCAACAAUCCUAGUCAGAAAACUAGCCAAGCAUUGCUCUCCCAGCUCUAUCAGUCCCCCAACAGACGUUAUCCAGGUCCUCUUCACCACCAGGCACAGAGGUUCAGGCUGGACAAUUUGCUUAAUAUGGCCUAUGGCGUUAAGAGGUUUUCUCCAAUCACUAUUGAUGGAAUGACAAGCUUGGUUGGAAUGAACAUCCCUGGGCACACGGGUACCGGAUGGUGUAUCUUUGUUUACAACCUCUCUCCCGACUCAGAUGAGAGUGUCCUUUGGCAGCUUUUUGGCCCAUUUGGGGCAGUCAACAACGUCAAAGUCAUCCGUGAUUUUAACACCAACAAGUGCAAGGGAUUUGGCUUUGUCACAAUGACCAAUUAUGAUGAAGCAGCUAUGGCUAUCGCCAGCCUUAAUGGAUAUCGCCUGGGAGACAGAGUUCUGCAAGUUUCCUUUAAAACCAACAAAACCCACAAGUCUUGA